AUGAAAUUCAUUCAAAUAUUAAUUGUUUUAUUAGUAUCUUUAAUUGCAACAAGUUCAGCUGCAUUGUUUGUUUUCACAGACAAUGUCAGUGAAUUUACUAUUGAACUGACCGAUCCCACCUUAAUCCAACAUGCUCGUGAUCUUAUCAGCGGUGCUUCAACUUCCUCCCCACAUGUAAUGGGUACUAUUGUCAAGAGUGCUGCAAGCUACAACUCGCCAUGGUCUUACUAUUUGGAUCCAUCGACAAUCAGUUUCUUUGACUUUGCUAUCGAAGUGUGUGAUGCUGCCAUUGCCUAUACUGAAGAUCAUCUAUUAGAGGUUGGUGGUGCAUUUUUACCAGGAAAUGUUUGGUGUCCAUGGGGAUCACGUUUGGUUAGAGAAGUUUAA